CCACCACAAACUUCCUUCUCAAGCAUUUACUCAGGCCAUGUCCCACUCAUUACAUUCUUCCUUUAAGGAACGAGUUAAAGAAUUUCCCAUAACUUACAAGCAUGCAGCAAGAUCCAGAAAAAAGCACCAUGAAGCUUUCCAUUCAGCCACAAAGCCUGGCAAGUGCUUCAGAUGGCCCCUAUGAAGUUCAGAAUCGAAGUAUAGUAGUUCCUGAAAAGCUUAUUACCAAAGCAGACGGCUUCGAGAAGAAAGAGCACUCAUGGUUUGCCAUUUCUCAAAUUCCAACAGACCUCUCAAUUCAAGUUCAAGAUAUCACCUUUUAUGUUCAUAAGUUUCCACUGGUUUCCAGGUGUGGCUACUUUGGCAGAAUCGAACUUCAGCCUCCAAAUUCAAAUUUACGUUGUGACCUCAAGCUUGAAAACUUUCCGGGUGGUUCAGAAACAUUUGAAGCUGUUUUGAAGUUUUGCUACGGUCUUCCAAUUAGUCUGAAUCCUAAUAAUGUAGCUCCACUAAGAUGUGCAUCAGAAUUCCUAGAAAUGACAGAAGCACUCGAAGAUGGGAAUCUCAUCUCCAAAGCAGAAGCUUUCUUCACUUUUGUAGUCCUCUCUUCAUGGAAAGAUUCCAUCACUGUCCUUAAAUCAUGUGAAACUCUCUCUCCAUGGGCUGAGAACCUUCAAAUUGUUCGGAGAUGUUGUGACUCAAUUGCUUGGAAGGCUUCUCGACAAACUUCAACAACACAAGAUAUAAUAAAUGAAGAGAUGUGGUGGUUCAAUGAUGUGGCUACACUUCGAAUUGAUCAUUUCACAAGAAUCAUAACAGCAUUAAGAGCAAAAGGAAUGAGGCCGGAAAUUAUAGGUUCCUGCAUCAUGCAAUAUGGGGAGAAAUGGUUGCCAAGCCUGGAAGUAGAGAUUGACAGAGUAGGAAGGUUUAGUUAUGGGAAAAAUGAAUUGCAAUGGAAUAUUACAAAUGGCAGAACACAGGAAGGGGACAUCGGACCCAUAAAGGAGCAAAGAACGAUAAUAGAGAGCUUAGUGAGUAUACUGCCUCCUCAAAAAGAAGCAGUUUCUUGUAAGUUCCUUUCUAAAAUGUUAAAGGUAGCUAUAGUCUAUUCAGCAUCACCAGCUUUAGUUUCAGAGCUUGAAAAAAGAAUAGGGUUGAUGUUAGAGAAUGCCAACGUUAAUGAUCUUUUGAUUCCUAGUUAUACAGCAGGGGACGAAGGGGAACUGGUCAAGUCCAGUUCAAUGGAAGGACCCACUAUGCACAAUAUAAACAUAGUGCAAAGGAUUUUGGAAUAUUUCCUGUUGUACGAACAGCAGCAGCAGCAGCAGCAGCAACCACAAAAGCCUGGGAUGUUGGCAAUCGGUAAACUCCUAGACAGUUACCUAGCAGAAAUCGCUAAAGACCCUAAUCUCCCAGUUACCAACUUCCAAGUUUUAGCUGAAUCCUUGCCAGAAAAUGCUCGAGCUUGUGAUGAUGGCUUGUAUAGAGCCAUUGACACCUAUCUCAAGACUCGCCCAUCACUAUCAGAACAUGAAAGGAGGAGGCUAUGUAAAGUCAUGGAUUGUGAGAAGCUGUCACUUGAUGCAUGUGCACAUGCUGCACAAAAUGACAGGUUGCCUCUUAGGACCGUGAUUCAGGUUUUGUUCUCAGAGCAAGCAAAACUAAGGAUGGAAAUACAAGGAAAAAAUCAAACAGAGAGUGAUGACAUCUCAGAGCAGGAAGUUAGUUGGUCAUCUACAAAGAAAGAAGUCAGAUCCCUCAAAGCAGAACUUGAGAAAGUAAAGUCACAAAUGGCUGAACUUCAGAAAGACUACUCUGAGCUGCAACAAGAAUAUGAAAAGCUAAUCAUUAAGCAAAGAAACUCAUCGGGUUGGAUUUUAGGAUGGCGGAAAAUCAGAAAGUCUGCUCUUUUUCAUACAAAAAUGGAUGAGGAAGAUACUGAUGAAAGUCAUAACAGAAAAUUCCAGAACCAAAGGGGCAGCUUACGCCGAAGACAAUCUAUUGCCUGACGAAACCAAAUACAAGAUUCCAUACCAAAGCUCUGAAUUAAAAACCAAUAAAAGAACCAGGGCAUCUCAUAAACGGAAUACAAAUUAUAUUAGGUUCUGCAGUUAGCACAGAGUUGUUCUUAUGUACUUCUUUUUCUAGUUAAAAACUGAGUAUGAAUGCGUGGAGUUGCAUCUUUUUUUCUUAAAGGAUGUAGAAUAGAAGGUCUGCACGCAUUUGACUUUGGAUUUUGUGGAAUGUAAACUAAAAGCAGUUUUGCUCUUUAAACGAACAUCUUGGAUAAAAUUUUCCAUAAUA